UCCCCACUCUCUCUCUCCCCCGUGAGUUUCCUCCGUCCCCUCUCGCGUCAUCUCUUCUCUCCUAUCGAGUCGCUGGUCAUGGCCGUGCAGGCGCAGCAUGUCUCCCCUGCCUUCCACCACCACCUCCACUCCUACAGGGCUCUGGGGGACGGGGCGACGGGUGCCACUCUGUUCCAGGACGAGCGCGGCGGGUGCGCGCCGGCGAUGGCCGGGAUUGGCAACGCGAUGCUGAGCAACGUCCCCAGAAGCGAUCUCACCUGCAACGACAACAACCACAACUACGCUUUCGUACCGAGGAAGCGGGCGCGCGUGGUGGCGGCGGCGGCGCCUGGUUUCAUGGACGAGCAACCGCGCGGCGUUAGAACGGCUGCGGCGGCGCAGGGGUUUGUGCCCGUCGGCGAUAUGGCGAGCAGGGCCACGGGUUCCUGCGUCGCGUCAACCAGCGGGAUGAGUGGCAAUGCCGCCGCCGGCUCGUCGCAGGGCCUCCUGUCGCAUCUGUACAACCAGGGAGUGGAGAUCGACGCGCUCGUGCGAGUCGAGACCGAGCGGAUGCGCGCGGGCUUGGACGAGGCGUGGCGGCGACACGUCCGGGCGCUGGUGGCGGCGGCCGAGCGUGCCGCGGCGGUGCGGCUGCGGGCUGCCGAGGCUACGCUGGAGCUGGCGCGCUCUCGCAACGCGGAGAUGGAGGAGAGGCUGCGCCAGAUCGGCGCGGAGGGCCAGGCCUGGGUAGGCGUCGCGCAGAGCCACGAGGCCGUCGCCGAGGAACUCCGCGCCACCAUCGACCAGCUCCUCCAAUCCCCUUGCGCCGGCGGGGAGGGCGAGGCCGAGGACGCGCAAUCGUGCUGCUUCGAGACCCCCGCGUACGACAACGCCGCCGCCGACGACGACGCGGCGUCCAAAGCAUCGGCGGCGUGCAGGGCCUGCGGUCAGGGCGGGGCGUGCGUGCUGGUUCUGCCGUGCCGUCACCUGAGCCUGUGCCGCGCGUGCGACGCCAGCGUGGACACGUGCCCAGUGUGCGCGGCCACCAAGAACGCCUCGCUACAUGUCCUGCUCUGCUGACGCCGUGACCUGUCUUCCGUUUGCCCAAUGGCGCAGGUCACAGUUUGUUCAGUUUACAGGGUCGAAGUGAAAGUGGAGUUUUUUUUUUCCUGAACUUUGAAGAAGCCAAGUUUUGGUUAAUGAAUAGCAGUGCUCUUCUACCAUCUCAACAAUUUUGUAGCGGAUAUACUCAAAGACUAGGAGUUUUGGCUAGAACAACUGUCUGGGUGGCUCUGAAGAAUCCCUACGAUCCAAAUUAAUUGUCACAAAUUGACGCAAAAUGUUGCCUAAAUCUUGUUUGUACCUGCGACAUCAAAUUUGGAUCAGAGAUAGUACCUGCGCGAAAUAACAGAACUGGCUCCUGGGGAAUCGUUGGAGAUUCAAUCAUGUCACCAAUGCAGCCUGAAUUCUACUGAUAAGGAUGAACAGAGUUUAUGUGCAAGUGAGAAUUUAGUGUUGAGUGGUAUGUUUGAAAUCUGGAUCAUUCGGGACAGUGGUUUCGUGUAAAUUUAUUUCAGGGAAGAAAGAAAGUCUGUUGGAGCCCUAAACUCCAUGGUAUGAUCAGAAUGCAGUAUGUUUGGUCCGUGUGAAUCUUCCCAACAGUCAUCUUCUGCCCUCUGAAGUCUGAACCUAUUGCUAGGUCAAAUGGACAAGCGCAGACGUGUUCGAAGGAUCGGGGGAAAUCGAAGAAUAAGACAAGGUUUUGUUCAGAUGUCUGAUUCCGCUGCCGAAAUGCGGAUAUGGAUGAAACUGUUAGACGUGACGGCAACUAUUGCGGUCUGAAGAACAUGACUGAUUGAUUGAUUACCUGGUGAUCCGAUGUAAGCUUAUCAAUAUUGAAAAGGUCUUGGUUCAAGUUCUCGACACAUGCAAAUGAGCUAGCUCGAUCAGUUGCGUCAGCGCGCAAAUGGCAAAUAUAAAGUUGUGUGUA